AGGAUCUUGCAUUCCUUGGAUUCCAUAGGUGGGUCAUUUUCAACUUCCUCCCACCGAUGCCACCACAAGCAGAAGCACUGUCUCCCCAUCCCACAGUGUGGAGCUCUGUCCAUCAGCCCUCUGCUUUUCCAUCCCCACACGAAGGGAUCCCAGAUCAUCAUGGACACGACACAGAAGGCAGUGAAGCGCCAGGCUAGCUUCUGCAACGCCAUUACCUUCAGCAACAGGCCCAUCAUUAUUUAUGAACAAGUCAGGCUUAAGAUCACUAAAAAGCAGUGUUGCUGGAGUGGGGCUCUUCGGCUUGGAUUUACUUCCAAGGAUCCAUCGAGGAUUAACCCUGACACUCUGCCGAAGUACGCCUGCCCCGACUUGGUUUCCCAAAGCGGCUUUUGGGCCAAGGCUUUGCCAGAAGAGUUCGCGAAUGAGGGAAACAUCAUAGCCUUCUGGGUGGACAAGAAAGGACGGGUUUUCUAUCGGGUGAACGACUCCGCCGCGAUGCUCUUCUUCAGCGGGGUGAGGACGGCAGAGCCCCUCUGGGCUUUGAUCGACGUCUACGGACUCACCCGCGGAGUGCAGCUCUUGGACAGUGAAAUCAUUCCUCCCGACUGCCUGCGGCCCCGCUCCUUCACCGCCAUCCGCCGGCCCUCCCUGCGGCGGGAGACGGAGGACACGCGCCUCUCGGUCAGCCUGUGCGACCUCAACCUGCAGGAGGAGACCUUCCACGUGACGGCCACCACGUGCCCCAUCCCGCAGAACUCCCUCAACUCCCAGCACUCCCACCUCCUCCCCUCCCAGCUGGAGAGCGACCUCCGCUUCCACCACCUCCGGGGACCCCAUGUCAAAAUCCUCGAUGACCAAACCGUGGCCCGCCUGGAGCACGCCCGGGAGGAGAGGACUUUGGUUUUCACCAGCAGACCCCUUCGGAUCAACGAAACCAUUUUCGUCAAAAUCAACAAGUCCAACGCCGUGCGCACGGGGACGUUGUCCUACGGGGUGACGUCCUGUGACCCCAGCACCUUGCGGCCCAGCGACCUCCCCUAUAACCCCGAGUCCUUGGUUGACCGAAAGGAGUUCUGGGCCAUCUGCCGAGUCGUGGUGCCCCUCCAGAGCGGAGACAUCCUGGGAUUUAUGGUGAAUUCGGAUGGUGAGCUGCACUUGAGUCACAACGGUGCCGGCACCGGCAUGCAGGUCUGCGUGGACUGUUCCCAGCCCCUCUGGAUGUUCUUCGUUUUACACGGCGCGGUCACACAAAUUCGAUUGUUGGGUUCCACCAUAUUAGCCGAGCGGCUGGGGCUGUCCACACCGAGCUCGCCCACGUCGACCCCCAAUUCCCCCACCGUCCUCUGCAGCGGUGUCUCCGACCCCAUAUUGUCUACGUGUGGCUCUGGCCCCCUCUGCAGCUCUAUCAGUGGCACAGCUCCCAACUCUCCCAUCAGCUUGCCUGAGUCACCCAUCUCUCCGUCCGUCUCAGGGCCCUGGGGAGAUGAAUGCACCAUCUGCUACGAGAACAUGGUAGACACGGUCAUUUACUCCUGUGGACACAUGUGUCUCUGCUAUUCGUGUGGGCUGAAGCUCAAGAAGAUGGCCAACGCUUGCUGCCCCAUUUGCAGACGGGCCAUCAAAGAUAUCAUCAAAACGUACCGCAGCACUUAGAGCAGCAACAGAUGCGGCGGUGGGGACUGGGCAGGUGGGGAGGAGGCUGUGAAACACCACAGGUCUUGGUCUCUAUUCAUCAUCCAGGAGACUCAAAAACCAUCACCCACCACCACCCUGAUCCCCUCUUCCAUGGACAACAGAUGAGAUGAGCUUAGACGCUGCUCUUCUAUCCUCCAAGCAAGCCCUGGGGAUGAACUCCAGCGUGUCAGGGAAGUUGCGAUGGACUGCUCUCCCCUGUGGAUUUUAAACUUUAUCUCAAAAAGAAAAAAACCCAGCUGGUGCAAUCAUCCCUUUUCUACACCAUGCGCAGCAGAGGGGAGUCUCCAAUGUUUAGCAGGGGCAGUAAAAGGUUCAGUGCUACACAUCUCCUUUAAGAGACACCGCGUGUGCAGAGGACAGCUUAGCAGAAGAGGAGAAACAAGCAACAUGUCUCCUCAUACAACCAGCCUGAGUGUAGGAAGCCCCUUAGAAAGGACCGAGCUUUGCCCAGGGAGCAAGGUGCUUUCAGUGCAUUCACAGCAGAAGGGUUUUGGCCAGUGCAGAAAAUGACCCAGGAUUUGUGAAACGAACGCCCACCCCAUGGCUACAGGCAGAAGAGCAGCCCCAUGGCAGCCUCUCAAGGACUGUCCCCAGCUCCUCCCUUCGCUGGUCCUUGGGGGAGGCAUCCAUGGCAGGCCAGAUGACCAGCACCGGCCUCGAUCCCUCCCAGCAGCGUCCAGCCACCUCCUGUCACCAUCCUGUUGCAGGACGAGCGGCUCUCCAACCCCACCACCCCUUCGCUGUGGCUUGUCCCCAGUGGUCUCCACACAGCAGGAGGGAUUCAGCAGCAUCUCUACCGCCAUAGGCCUGCGGCAGAGGGAGAUGUGCCUCCCUCACCUUUCCUCCCCCUACCAUCCAGCCAGCACUUGUGAAGGAGAAAAUAAAAGAAUAAAAGAAGAAGGAAAAAAAAAAAAAGAAACAAAAACCCCAACGCCACUGGGGAAGAAUGUAUAAACCCACAUGUCUGCGGGUUUCAUUUACUGGUAACUUUAUCACUGUGCUUUAUGACAAAACCAGCCAGGUGGUACUCAGCCCUUCACAGCCGGCCCGCUGGCAGGACAUGGCUGUCCUUACGUGUUAGGAAGAGAGGAAAGAAGAAAAAAACAAACAAAAACACAACAAUAGCUUGAGGGGUUUGGUUUGCUUUGG